AUCCGUCGUUAUGGUUACCAAAAUAGAAACAAUUCUGUAUUACAUUCUUUUCUAUAGUCUAAAACCGAAUUUCAGGAUUAACAAUGGAAGAAGAAGAAGAAAAAGCAGUUGAUGUUGUUGAAGGACAAGAAUUGGAUGACAAAUCCUCAGUUCUGUCCAGCAUUGCCAGGCCUAUGUCUCACACAAUGCCUCGGCCACCUUCUCGACCUGCUCCCUCAGCUAGAGUACGAGCACUGGGUAAAGAGGAGCUUGAUGAUGUGGAUCAAAACAGUGAGGAAGAAGACGAGGAAGAAGAGGAUGAGGAAGAUGAUGAAGAUCAAGGUAUCCAAAUAGAAGGUGCACGCUUUAGAACAGUAUUGCAUCGCCCACAUCUUGACCGAAGACCCACACGCUGGGAUCGGGAUUCUUUUUCGGGUCGUCAUCGUUUAAGCAGAGAAAGGCUCUUGCCAAGGAGACUGGAGGGUGAUAGAAGUUCUCGGAGCUCUACUAGUGCUAGUGCUAGUUUAUCAUUAUCAAAUUCUAGUUCUCGCAAUGAAAUGCUCAAUGAAGAUGUGCUUAAUAAAGUGCAAGAAUAUAGAGAUCUUUGUUAUCUUGAUUUACCUUAUAACUCUAAGAGAGCUUAUGAUCCAGCUGAUUUUGAGCACUUGCAAGUCAGUAGUGAAAUGAAAGAAUUAUUUCAGUACAUAACUAGAUACACUCCUCAAAAUAUUGAUCUUGAUACUAAGCUGAGACCUUUCAUACCAGAGUUUAUUCCUGCUGUGGGUGAUAUUGAUGCCUUUAUAAAAGUUCCUAGACCUGAUAAUGUAAUGGAUAAAUUGGGUCUUGUUGUAUUGGAUGAACCAUGUGCUAAACAAUCUGAUCCAACUGUGUUGGAUUUGCAACUGAGAGCUAUUUCUAAAGAAACGACAUUUAAAUCUGUGGCCGUGAAGAGCUUAGAAAAUGCUGACAAACGUCCCAAAGAAAUUGAUGCAUGGAUAAAUAGCAUAUCUAAUUUACACAGAUCUAAGCCACCUCCAACAGUCCAUUAUUCAAGGAAUAUGCCAGAUAUUGAAACAUUAAUGCAAGAAUGGCCCCCAGAAUUUGAAGAAGCUCUUAAUCAGUUUGGAAUUCCUUCUGCUGAAUUGGAUUGUUCUUUAGAGGAAUAUGUUGAACUAAUUUGUGGAAUAAUGGAUAUUCCUGUGUACCGAUCAAAAAUACAAUCGCUUCAUGUACUCUUUACCCUGUUUUUGGAAUUCAGAAAUUCACAGCAUUUUCGAUCUCUUGCUAUGAAUAAUGAAUUUGGAGAUGGCCAGACGAAUGAAAGCCAUUCGAAUGGAGCCGAUCACCUUGUCAUAAGGAAUUAAAUCUACUCAUUAAUCUGAAAAAGAACUUAUAUAAGAAGAUAGCAUAAAACAUUUGAUAGGGAAAGUCAGUGUAAUUUCAAACUCUGUGAUUAUGUUACAGUUCAGUAUCAAUGUUUAAUAUAGAUUAUGAUUAGCAAUUUAAGAGUACAUUUUUUUAUAUGCUAGGAAUGAAAUUAGUCAGAAUAUUAAAGUUUAGAUACUGGUAAAAAAAUAAACGCAUUUAAACUAUAAGAAUUAUGAUUCUUUCAUACUAAAAUUUAGCUCAUUACUUUUCUUUUAUCAUCAAUUUAUUUUGUGUUUCAAGUUUUUUGUGCAUAUAAAGAGCGAAAAAUAAUAUAUUAAAGAUCUUUAUUUU